AUGUUGCACAAGCACUUCCAAAUGUUCUCAGCAGCCUCGGGUCUAAUUGCUAAUCCAAACAAAAGCAGCAUUUAUUUUGGUGGUGUGAACAACAUGAUUCAGCAGCAAAUUAUGGACAUACUGGGCUAUACUAAAGGUGAACUACUGUUCAGAUAUCUAGGUGUUCCUUUGAGCACAAAGAGACUGUCUGCCAUUCAAUGUGAACCCUUAAUAGAGCGGAUGCUAAGCAGAAUUCAAAGCUGGACCACAAAGUUUCUGUCAUAUGCUGGAAGAGCAAUCCUAGUCAAGAGUGUGCUAUUUGCUAUACAAACUUUCUGGGCUCAGAUCUUCAUAUUGCCCAAGAAAAUUGUCCAUUUCAUACAAGCAAUUUGUAGAAGGUUCCUAUGGACAGGAAAUGUUGAACCAACAAAGAAGGCUUUGAUAGCCUGGGACAAACUGUGUGCACCAAAAGUAGCUGGGGGAUUGAACUUCAUCAAUGUGGAGCUAUGGAACAAGGCAGCCAUUUGCAAGUUACAAUGGAGUAUUUGUACAAGGAAAGAGAAAAUGUGGAUUCAAUGGGUGCAUACUUACUACAUAGAGGAGAACACAGUCUGGAAUACAGAACCAAAGAAUGCAUCAUGGGCCAUACAAAAGAUUUUCAAAGCAAGGAACAACUUUGCAAAUGCAGGGCUCUUAGAAGAAGAUGUUCAGAAGAUGGAGAAAUGUUCUGCCAAGCAACUAUACAGAACCAUGCAACGAGACUUUCCUAAGGUGACAUGGUGGAAACUAGUAUGCAACAAUUAG